UGAUUCUGGGCUUUUUCUCAGUUGAGGUUCGAGGGAUUUGUGUGUCCCUUCUCAAAGCAAGUUUGCCAAGGGUAGCCCAGACCCAUCUUCUCCAGAGCCACCAGGGGGCGCUCCCUGAGAGCCAGUCCUGACCUCCAGACAGCAUCACAAGGUGGUGGGGGUGGGAGGGUUAGACCACACCUGCUUUUCAAACAAAUGCCCCUGGUGGUUCUGAGCCGGCUGAGACAGUUGCAGAAUGGUGUCUCUAACACUCUGACUUCCUAGGUUGGGGCCGCGGGGGAGGCCAGGAGUGAGAACACAGAGCCUUUCUUUGGAGGACUGAGUCUCCCAGAGGCAGUAUGUCAGAGGGGGUGGGCACGUUCCGCAUGGUGCCUGAAGAGGAGCAGGAGCUGCGGGCUCAACUGGAGCAGCUCACAACCAAGGACCAUGGGCCUGUCUUUGGCCCAUGCAGCCAGCUGCCCCGUCACACCUUGCAGAAGGCCAAGGACGAACUAAACGAGAAGGAGGAGACCCGGGAGGAGGCUGUGCGAGAGCUGCAAGAGCUGAUGCAGGCGCAGGCGGCCACUGGCGACGAGCUGGCUGUGGCGGUGGCCGACAGGAUGCGAGAACGCGACAGCGCCUUCCUCCUGCGCUUCAUCCGCGCGCGCAAAUUCAACGUGGGCCGCGCCUACGAGCUCCUCAAAGGUUACGUGAACUUCCGGCUGCAGUACCCCGAGCUCUUCGACAGCCUGUCCCCAGAGGCCGUUCGCUGUACCAUUGAGGCUGGCUACCCCGGUGUCCUCUCAAGCCGGGACAAGUAUGGCCGAGUGGUCAUGCUCUUCAAUAUUGAGAACUGGCACUGUGAGGAAAUCACCUUCGAUGAGAUCUUGCAGGCAUAUUGCUUCAUUCUGGAGAAGCUGCUGGAGAAUGAGGAAACCCAAAUUAAUGGUUUCUGCAUCAUCGAGAAUUUCAAGGGCUUCACCAUGCAGCAGGCUGCUGGGCUCCGGCCUGCUGACCUCAGGAAGAUGGUGGACAUGCUCCAGGAUUCCUUCCCGGCCCGGUUCAAAGCCAUCCAUUUCAUCCAUCAGCCAUGGUACUUCACCACCACCUAUAACGUGGUCAAGCCCUUCCUGAAGAGCAAGCUGCUGGAGAGGGUCUUUGUCCACGGAGAUGACCUGUCUGGCUUCUUCCAGGAAAUUGAUGAGAACAUCCUGCCGGCCGACUUUGGGGGCACCCAGCCCAAGUACGAUGGCAGGGCUGUUGCUGAGCAGCUCUUCGGCCCCCGGGCCCCAGCUGAGAACACGGCCCUAUGAGGAUGACUGGGCCAGGUCCCUGGGCUCUCAGGUGUCAGGGGGCCCAGGUUGGGCAGCGAGCUGCCUGAGGAGACACCCAGACCUCCUUAAGCUCCUCCCUCGCUUGGGGGGUGCAGUAGAGCAGAAUUCCCAGGGGGCAGUUAUAGCUUCACCUGUCCCUGAGGCUGUAGGACAGUAACUGGUGUGCCCUUGAAUUGCCAAUCAGACUUUUCAGUGAUUUCGUUUCUAACAGAUGCUUGCUACUUUAGGAUCUGUGAUAAUAGGCAAGGGGUCUGGGGUGAAAGUCCUGCCCCAACACAAUAAAAAAGAAAUAAAGGAGGGGGGAUGAAAAUCCCAACGACUCGAUUGAGCUGACACACUGAUCUUGGCACUUGCAGACAGAUCGUGGUUUUCCACACUGAUUUUCAGGCGAAAGCAGCCUUGUAGCAGCUUCCUAUUGGGUGGCCUGCCCCGGGUCCCCUGCAGCCUCCUGCGGGCAGUGAGGGUCAGGAGCUGUGCCGUCCUCCCAGGGCAGCCGUGCCAUCCACUCCAUCUGUUGUGGAAGUUUCUCACCCAGAGAGCUCUGCUCUGCUCCCCUUGCUUGAUGGAUGGCUCCGCGCAUGGGCAGGCCAAGCC